AUGAAAGGGAUAGAGAAAAGAAAGGGACUUGACUACAAGAAUAAUGCCAAAGAGUUCCCAAAUCAGAAAUCUGUAGUUUUGUUCGAGUUGAGGGAUCUCAUCUUUUGCAUUCUUCCAACACUAGCUUAAUAGCGAGAAGCAGAUCCUUAACAUCAUUCACUAAACCACGUUUUUGUUAAAAGAAGGGAUGCCGGACAAAAACAAGCCUUCCGGGCUUAAACGCGCCGUUUGGAAUUUGGUAUUUCCAGAUUUGGAUCUCACCACCUUCUUUGUUUUGUUUGGAUCACAAGAUUUGUCCUGUGGAAUCUGGAAUUUCCAGAACGCGACGUGUUGGUGGACCUGGUUUGGAAUAAUCUGAAAUUGACACUAGCUCCAUUCCAAGAGGACCAUUAAUGUUGAUUGGGAAAGGAUUACGCGUUCCUAAUUGCCAUCUGAAGUUGAAUGGCAUUGGAAGUUAGUACUCUACCUUCUGUUUUGAAUUGAAUUUUCUUAAUUAGUUUCACAUUGGAUAAUGAUGUUGAGUUGAAAGCAAUUCUAGUAUUUUAUUCAAAUGCAGUUCUUGUCUUUCAUGUUUCAUACGAUCUUCGGAAGCAUAUUAACACGCCGCCUACAGUGUAAAUAAUUGGGUGAAUUCCUUGCAACUGCUUCAAACUGAAAGUUGGUUAUUUAACUUCUCAGUCCAAACUCCCCAGGAAGAAGACAAAAAGAAAAUGACAGGGUAGAAACUUAUAGUUGCUCCCAAUUAUAACUCUAUAUGUAUAGUUAUCGAAUUUGUAGGAUUUAAGUAAUUAUAGAGUUGCUGAAAUGUCAGUCAUAGAAAUAGAGGCUUCUAUGGAAAUGAGGUGUUCGAGUAUUACAGUUAUGAAAAAUCCAUUGAAGGUUAGGAUGUGCUUACAUCCUAUUUGCUCUUUUCUGCUUAUCAUCACAGCGAUAUUUUCCACAGCGGGAGGCAGCACAAGUACAUUUCAGUCCAUUAGAGAUGGCCAGACUAUAGUUUCAACUACUGGAAACUUUGAGCUUGGAUUUUUUAGUCCUCCUACUGGUUCUAAUAAUCGAUAUGUCGGGAUAUGGUACAAGAAGAUAUCGUCUACAAUAGUAUGGGUUGCCAACAGAGAAGCACCCCUUACUGAUUCAUCAGGUGUUCUGCAGGUCACCAACCCUGGAAUUCUUGUCCUCCUCAACUAUACCAAGAGCAUAGUUUGGUCCUCAAACACAUCAAGAUCUGCAGAGAAUCCAGUGGCCCAGCUUUUGGAUUCAGGAAAUCUUGUUGUAACAGAUGGCAGUGAUACAGACCCUGAGAACUUCCUGUGGCAAAGUUUUGAUUACCCAAGUGAUACACUCCUACCAGGUAUGAAGCUUGGUUGGAACAAAGUUACAGGCUUCAGUAGGCGUCUUACAUCAUGGAAUAGUCCACAGGAUCCUUCUCUAGGAAAAUAUACAUUUGAACUUGGUCGCAAAGGAUAUGGAGAAGAAAUUUUGAAGAUGGAGUCAGUUAUGAUAUGGCGAACUGGACCAUGGAAUGGAAUCCGAUUCAGUGGCUUGCCUCAUUUAAGUCCAAACUCCAUAUUCACAUACAAUCUUGUUUUAGAUGAUCAUGGUGAAGAUUAUUAUUUUUUUGAGCUUCGUAACAGCUCACUUUAUUCAAGAUUGACUCUCAAUCCAGAUGGGCGUGUGCAGCGCUACACAUGGAUUGAUACAAACCAAACUUGGGGAUUCCUUUAUCAAACAGCUUUAAUUGAUAACUGCGAAAGUUAUGCAUUCUGUGGUCCAAAUGGUGCAUGCUGUAUUGACAGUUUCCCAAUAUGUCGCUGCUUGAAUGGAUUUCAACCCAAAUAUCCAAAGGACUGGGAUGUAGUGGAUUGGUCAAAUGGCUGUGUGAGAAGGACUCCACUAAAUUGCAGCGGUGACUUGUUUGAGAAGUACUCUGCAGUGAAAUUGCCAAACACAGAGCAGUCCUGGUUCAACAAAAGUAUGAAUCUCAAGGAAUGUCAGAUGGCGUGCCUGAAGGACUGUUCCUGCACAGCUUAUGCAAAUUUGGAUAUCACGGAUGGAGGAUCUGGCUGCUUGCUGUGGUUUGGCAACCUAAUUGAUAUUAGAAAUUUAACUGCAAAUGGGCAAGAUAUUUAUAUAAGAAUGGCUGCAUCAGAACAAGUACGCCUGGAUCAUGACAAUACAGUUAUCAAUGCUAAAGACUCUGAAUCUAAGAAGGUUAGAAUCAUACUAUGUGGUACUCUGUUGCCUACUGGACUGCUGUUCGUGGGCAUAGCCCUGGUAUUUUAUUGCCGGAAGAAGCAGAGCAAAAAAUAUGGGAGAAUGAGGAGCGGCAAAAAAGAAGGUUCAGAACUUACCUCAGGAGAAGAAGGUUUAGAACUUCCCUCCAAAAAGGAAGAUUUUGAACUUCCAUUAUUUGACUUGGCUACUGUCAUUUGUGCCACUGAUAACUUCUCAGAGAACAGAAAACUUGGACAAGGUGGAUUCGGAUCCGUCUUUAAGGGUAUAUUGCAAGAUGGAAAGGAAAUAGCUGUGAAGAGGCUCUCGAAGCAUUCUAAACAAGGACUGGAUGAGUUCAAGAAUGAGGUUACACAUAUUGUCAAACUUCAGCACAGGAAUCUAGUGAAGCUUCUGGGAUGCUGCAUUCAGGAAGAUGAAAUGAUGCUGAUCUACGAAUGCAUGCCUAACAAAAGCUUGGACUUCUUUAUUUUUGAUCAAAGAAGAAGCUUGUUACUAGAUUGGCCUAAGCGCUUUGACAUUAUUAAUGGUAUUGCUCGGGGGAUCCUUUAUCUUCAUCAAGAUUCUAGACUGAGAGUAAUUCAUAGAGAUCUCAAAGCAGGCAAUAUCUUAUUAGACAAUGAAUUCAACCCAAAAAUCUCAGACUUUGGCCUGGCUAGAAGUUUUGGAGGAAAUGAAACUAAAGCAGAAACGAAUAAAGUGGUCGGGACAUAUGGUUACAUGUCCCCAGAAUAUGCAAUUGACGGGUUCUACUCGAUAAAAUCAGACGUGUAUAGCUUUGGUGUUUUGAUGCUGGAGAUAAUAAGUGGGAAGAGAAACAGAGGAUUCCUUCAUCCAGGCCACAACCUCAACCUGCUUGGACAUGCAUGGAACUUACACACAGAAGGCAGGUCCAUUGAAUUGCUUGCUACAUCAGUAGGGGACUCCAUUAAUCUACAAGAAGUUCUGCGAACGAUUCAUGUGGGUCUUUUAUGUGUUCAGCAAAAUCCACAAGACAGGCCAAGCAUGUCAGCUGCAGUACUAAAGUUAAGUGGCGAAGGUGUGCUGCCUGUACCUCAGAAACCUGGUUUUUAUAAUGAGAGGGCUCUAACUGAACUCCAAGUCCAUUCUUCUUCACAAUCAUGUUCAGUUAAUACACUCACUUCUAGCCUAUUCGUGCCUCGUUAAUUGAUAUUUGAUGUUGGUGUAAUUGCAAUCCUUUUGUCUUUGGAAUGAGCUUGAAGUUAAAUGAAAA